AUGACAUCCUUUGAUAAGCAUGAUCUCAGUGGCUUCAUAGGCAAGCAUCUCGUAUACACAUAUGAUAAUGGCUGGAAUUAUGAAAUUUACAUUAAAAAUGAUAAAACAAUGGAUUACAGAAUUCAUAGUGGCAUUGUUGGCAAUCGCUGGGUUAAGGAUCAGCGCGUUUUUAUCGCAAGAGUUGGCCAAAGUAUUUACAAAAUCUCUUGGACAGAACCAACAGGCACAGAUGUAAGUUUAAUUGUCAAUCUUGGCGAUAAACUCUUCCAUGGUACAAUUUUCUUCCCACGCUGGAUUAUGAAUGAUCCAAAGAAGACUGUUUGUUUCCAGAAUGAUCAUAUUCCAUUGAUGGAAAAGUAUCGUGAAGAAGGUCCUGCAUAUCCUACAGAAGUUAUUGACGAAUUUGCAACAAUAACAUUCAUUCAGGACUGCAAACCAAACGAUGAUACAGUAAUUGCAUGCGCAGCGAGUGAAUUACCAAAGAAUUUCCCAGAAAACUUGAAAUAA